AUGGAGGGUGUGUCUGGGCUGCUCUCCUGGACGCUGAGCAGAGUUCUAUGGCUCUCAGGCUUUUCUGAGCAGGGAGCUGCCCGGCUGCCCCGGAUCAUGGAAGAAAAAGCGCUAGAAGUUUAUGAUUUGAUUCGAACUAUUCAGGACCCUGAAAAACCCAAUACUUUAGAAGAACUUGAAGUAGUAACAGAGAGUUGUGUGGAGGUUCAAGAAAUAAAUGAAGAAGACUAUUUGGUUAUUAUCAAGUUCAUGCCAACAGUACCUCAUUGCUCUCUGGCAACUCUUAUUGGAUUGUGCUUGAGAGUAAAACUUCAGCGGUGCCUGCCAUUCAAACACAAGUUGGAAAUCUACAUUUCUGAAAGAACUCACUCCACAGAAGAAGACAUCAACAAGCAGAUAAAUGACAAAGAGCGAGUAGCAGCUGCAAUGGAGAAUCCCAACCUACGGGAAAUUGUGGAACAGUGCGUCCUUUAAGCCUGACUGAUACCAUCUCAAGAGCCAGAGGCCUAUAAGAAUUCAAUUUAUUUGUUUAAAUCCUUUGUAAAAUGUAGAGGACUCAUGUUGAAUAUGUAGGUGAUUUGUACAUCAGACCUUUUUUUGUUCUGUUU